AUGAGUGUCAUUCGCACGAUCGCGGCCGUCAUCCUCAGUAUUUCAUUUGUGGUCUUCGUCGCGCUCUUCGGACGGCUGCCCAUCUUCCGGCGCACGCCUAUUGCUUUUCUCUAUCGACUGCUCUGGAAACACAUCCCGAAUGGCUUCGUCGCCGUGGAUGAUCGACUCACCGGCCGCCGCGUAUCGCGGAGCCUGGCUCGGACAGGCGACUAUCUUAUGAACGAAGCGCACCCGCUGGUGCUGAUCUUUUUCGUCCUCCUACAAGUUGUCGGAGAGGUUCUGUUCAUUCCAGCCGCCUGGGCCCGGUUCACGGUGUCUCAGCUCACGCUGCUACCUCCCCUUGUGCUCGCCCCUUUGGCGUUUCUCUAUCUCUCGGCUACGACCUCCAGCAACAUUACUCCGCACAACCAUCGAUCGUCGAUGCUUGCCUACCCCUAUGACUACGCUCUCUUCCAUCCCGGCUACUUCUGUAGUACUUGUCGCCGUGCAAAGCCGCCCCGUUCGAAGCACUGUUCGCUCUGCAAGGCCUGUGUCCAGAGACAGGAUCAUCACUGCAUCUGGAUCAACAAUUGCGUCGGCCGGAACAACUACCUCUGGUUCAAUCUGUUGCUGGUCAGUAUAGCGGCCCUGCUGGCUUAUGGGGCCUCACUCGGCUAUCUCCUUCUUGAUGCACACCUACAGCAGAAGCUGGUUCCCCCGGCUCUUACGAGGGGAAGUGUCACAUCAAAACGAUGGAGCACCCGCAUGACUUGGACCGAGUUUGCGCAUUGCUGGGCCUGGGUUAUCAGCAAGGAAUGGCGCAUCGGAGCCGUCAUGAUGCUGGCAGCCAUGUCGUGCCCGCUCGCCUUGGGGUUUCUGCUCUACCAUGUCUAUCUGAUCUGGGCCGGAAUGACGACAAACGAAAGUGCCAAGUGGGGUGACUGGAAGGAAGACAUUGCCGACGGCGUGGCCUUCAGGGCCGAGAUGCGCCAAAUCAGAGAGAUAUAUCCACCACUGCCUGAAGAUGUCGAGCCUCGUGAUGAAGACGUCAGGUGGCCGGCUGGAGUCCGGGCGAAGUGGUGGAUGGUUCGAACGAAGAACGGCCAACCGCCCAUGAAAAAGGCGAUGCAAGAUGAGGCCUCUGAGACAGAUGUUGGCGAGGUUCGAGAAGAACCUGAUGAGCGCUGGGUCAAGGUCAAGUCCAUCGCGGAAGUCGAGAAUCUGUAUGACCUGGGAUUUUGGGGCAAUCUAGGGGAUGGGCUUUUCAACAGGGGCUAG